AUGUCAGAGAAAACUACAGAAGGGCAAGUGUUCGUAGUAGACAAUCGACGUCGAGAUGAACUCAUCAAAACGAUCCUAAUCAUCGUCCUAAUUAUUGUUUUCCCAGUUAAAAUGUCCGACUCUUUUUGGCAAUACUUCUUAAAUGAAGGAAGAAAGAGGCUGAUGGAAUACAAUCGGAGGGAAAGGAGUAAUGUUAGAGUGCUACGGGAUCAAACCAUUCCAAUAACCGAUCUAGAGAAUCUGAGACUGCUCUCCAUGGGUUUUUCCGAGACUGCGAAAUGGAUGUCAGCACUUGCGGACGACCAAGCUGGCGUAUUUACGUUCUACAACUGUGUUUGUUUAUCUGAUAUGUAUGGUGAUGGGGACACAAAACUGGUGCUAGCACAUGUUGGCAGCUCCAAAUUCAACAUGCGUUUAAAAGUGUUCAAAGGAGUGACAGUGGUUGGCGAAAGUGCCCUCGCCGAUUUGCCAACAGCUGUGGUCUCCUUCUAUAAUGAGAAGAUCAGUCUUCCAGCAAUUGGCGUCGCUUCCGGCUCGUAUAUAAGGAUCUACAAAAAUUUGAAACCAUUUUAUCAGUACAACAUUCCGUCCGCACCAGUACAUAAAGUGGAGCAGGAAGCUUGGACGAAGACCUGCGUGAAACAACUCACUCAUGACCAGCUCUAUACUGUUAUUCAAAGUGUGGCCAAUGAGAUAUCACCUAAACAGUUGACACCACUUUCACAAACUCUUCUCGUCACAAAACCUGAGGAGCGGUCUCAAUUCAUCGACUAUUACGCUACUCCGAAAUAUGUGAACAAUCUGCAAAAUCCGGCAGCAAUAACAUGCCUCGCAUCCGUGCCAAAGUCGUCCAUGGACAACAUUGAUGUGUUGGUGGUGGGCACAGAGCUCGGCAUGAUCAGAAUCGUUGACUCACAAGCUUUUCAAAUCCUAGCUGAUUGCCGUAUUCCUGGCAUACCAGUGCAGAUAGUUACCUACGGGGUCUUCGACAUUGAAUACCGACUGUUCGUCAGCACUCGCGAUGGAAACAUAUUCUCCAUAAAGCGUGAUCAAACUGUCAGAGAAAAACCGAUCAUUUCCUGCAAGAUGGACAUCAUAAGCUUUGCGCGAGUCCACAAAAUGCUGGCUGUAGCAACCACCGACCAUAUGCUGCAGUUCUACUCGUUCGGUGGUAAAUGCUUGAACGCUGUAUCUAUUGGUAGCCCGAUCAAGGGUCUGGAACCUUUUCACUACGCGCCAAAACAAUUUGAGGGUGUCCUGGUGCUCCUGGAAAAUCAGGUCCGCCUUUACACUCACCUCAAUUUGUUGGACAUCGUGAAGAUUGAAAGGCAGCUGUCCUGGAUAAAGUUUGGCCAGUUUGGAAGAGAGGAGGGAGCCCUAAUUUUAGGGACGCGAGAUGGAGGCCUAGUGGUAAAGUUGUUCCGGCGUAAAGCGUCCUUAGACGAGCGAAUUGACCUUGCGGCACCGCCGAAACCUUACACCAUUAAGUUGAAUAUUCCGAAGAAGAGCAAGAUUUUCAUCGACCAAACCGUACGUGAAAGAGAUAACGUCAACCAAAUAAAUCAGACAUAUCAGCGGGACCUGUUCCUCAUCAAAUACCAUGCCACAAAAGCGUUCGCGUCGAUGGUUUCCACGUCAGAAGCCUCCGUGUCCACUGAUCCCAAUCAUUCCGUUGACAUUGCGGUUACUGUGAACGGAUUCGGACCGAAAUUCCGCUUAACAGUGAAGUUGAGCUGCGCUGCAAAAGCCCCACUCUACAACCUUUGGUUAUCGAUGGUGUUUUCACAAACUAUUUAUCAGUUCAGCGAAACUCUAAUCCCGGUUUCCAUCCUAGUGCCUGGCCAUUUUUACACUUUCACAACUCUAGUAGAAUGUACGGAGCCUGAAAAGGGAAUCUCGGAGGACAUCCGUGUGUUGCUGAUCAAGGAGGAUAAAUCGACUCCGUUAGUUACAGCUAUUGUCACCAUGCCUACAAGUGAAUACACAAAUAAUCGCCAUUUACAAAUCACGGACCAGUGGAUCGGUCCACAAGGUGCAUUUGCUGUGAAGUUAUUUUACAAAAAUUUUGGUAGCGCGACUGCUGCUCAACGGGAAUUCCGACGUCGUCACAAUUUAGGACGUCAUGACCGCGUUCCAACUUGCCGCGCCAACAAUACGUGCGUUAAGUGGCAAUCCCGUAUGUUUCUCGUAGGGUUAGCAUCCACAGCGGCCUUAGUCGCUACCGUAGCAUGCGUUAUUUCCAUAGCCGUUAUUGUCCACGACAUCAACGAACUCCGCGAUGAUGUCCUGAUCUCCAUGGAUGAAUUCAAGAUGGUAGCUGACAGCACGUGGGAGAGUAUUAUUGCUCUUCGUAUAAAUCCUUCCGGCGACAGUAAUGCUCCACCAACAUUCGCGACAUUAUUUGCGCGCCAGAAGAAGGAAACUCAUCUCCCAGAUCAGUGUAAAUGUGCACCUCGGGUAGAAGAUUGUCCUGCUGGACCACGUGGUCCUCCAGGACCGCCUGGACCUCCUGGAUCAGAUGGUGAAAAUGGAGCAGAUGGACGACCUGGUGUUAAGGGAGUAGUCAUUGGUGUCACUCACGACGUAGAAGGCGGAUGCGUAAAGUGUCCAGCCGGUCCUCCUGGACCACCUGGUCCCGCUGGAUUGAAGGGUCCGAAAGGUUCAGAUGGAAAGCCUGGCGCAACCGGACCACCGGGAGAGCCCGGCAAACCAGGACAGAAGGGUCCACCUGGCGACCCUGGUUUUGAAGGCAAACCAGGAUUCCCAGGCAAAGACGGAUUUCCUGGCUCACAAGGUUGCCGUUAUCUUCCUGCUCGCCCCGGUCCACGAGGAGAGCCAGGUCCUCCUGGCUCCCCAGGAGCAAAAGGAAAGCCUGGAAAACAAGGCGCUGUUGGAAGUCCGGGUCCAAAAGGACCACCUGGACCCGCUGGAAAACGUGGAGCUUUGGGCCGACCAGGACCAAGCGGACCCGUAAGUUUUAAAUUUUCACCUUUUUCGGCUAACAACGUUAUAGAUCUUCUGAGCAAAUGGUUGAUGAUGAUGUUUAGCGAGGGCACGAAGGCACGACAGGGCAUGAUGCAGGAUACUGUCCAUGUCCUCCUAGAGGACAAGCGGAUAGAUGGAAAAAGUACACCGACCAUAUCUGUUCUGGAUAUCAUUACUACAGCGGUCGCUCAGAAGGCCCAAGGAGAAGCAAGUCAAGGAGAUCCAGGAAGUCUAGGAGAUCAAGAAGAUCGAAGAGAUCGAGAAGAUCGAAGAGAUCGGAAAGAUCCCGCAGGUCCAAAAGGUCUUCGAAAUCCAAACGAUCGGAGAGGUCCAGUCGACGAGAUCGCUCACCUAAGUCUCAGCGUUCUUCAAGAUCGCAGCGCUCAUCAAGAUCCGAACGUUCCUCGAGGUCGAGUAAAUCGAAGAGGCAUUCAUCCAGAAAAUCCGAGCGUUCGCACAGAUCGUCGCGUUCCAGCAGAAGCCGUCGAUCAAGACGUUCUUCGCGUAGUUCUCGAAAGUAAAUGCAGGCACAUUUAUUGCAUUAGCUCUCCGUUGCUCUGGUCGUUUUUUUGA